CAGCGCGGUGCGGCUCACGGAUACACCUUGUGGCUGAGCAGUGGCUGUUCUUGCUGAUAGCACUGUGAACUCUCGUGAUAACUUACCAACACCAGCAUCAUUUGUGCAACCUCCUGCCUGAAGAAGAAGGAAACAUGGCUUGUAUUGAGUUUUCUUUUCAUGUGCCAAGUCUGGAGGAGCUUGCUGGAGUUUUGCAGAAGGGGCUAAAAGAUAACUUUGCUGAUGUCCAGGUCUCUGUAGUUGAUUGUCCUGAUUUGACUAAGGAACCAUUUACCUUUCCUGUAAAAGGCAUCUGUGGGAAAACUAGAAUUGCAGAAGUAGGAGGUGUGCCUUACUUACUGCCUCUUAUAAACAAAAAAAAAGUUUAUGAUCUGAAUAACAUUGCAAAAGAAAUCAAGCUGCCUGGAGCUUUUAUUCUUGGAGCAGGGGCAGGCCCAUUUCAAACUCUUGGGUUCAAUUCUGAGUUUAUGCCAGUUGUGCAAACAGAAAGUGAACACAACCCUCCUGUGAACAGAAGUUACUUUGCACGGAUUAGCCCUGAUGAUGGAGGGUGCUUACUAGAGAAAUACAGUGAGAAAUACCAUGGUUUUGGAUGUGCAUUACUGGCUAAUCUUUUUGCCAGUGAGGGCCAACCUGGCAAGGUCAUUGAAGUAAAAGCCAAAAGAAGAACUGGACAGCUUAACUUUGUGACGUGUAUGAGACAGGCUCUAGAAAACCAUUAUGAAAACAAACCAGUAGGGAUGGGAGGCACGUUUCUGGUUCAGAAGGGAAAAGUAAAGGCUCACAUUAUGCCUGCAGAAUUUUCCUCCUGCCCACUGGACUCUGAUGAACAAGUGAAUAAAUGGCUGCAUUUUUAUGAGAUGAAGGCUCCUCUGGUUUGUCUUCCAGUUUUUGUCUCCAGAGACCCAGGGCUCGAUUUGCGCCUGGAACACACUCACUUCUUCAGUCAUCAUGGAGAAGGUGGACAUUACCACUGUGACAUCACCCCAGACACGGUGGAGUAUAUCGGCUACUUCUCACCUGCCCAGCUUCUCUACAGAAUUGAUCAGCCAAAAGAGACUCACUCAUUUGGAAGAGACUAAGUCAGCUGAUGCUCAUUUAGAAAAAAACUAUUCAAAUUGAUCAGCUUGUUAAUUGACAUCAACAUAAAAUCCAAUAGAAAUUAUGUUUCUACUAUCAUCCUAUUUUAAUAGUAUGUGAAAGGAAGGGUUAUAUUGACAUAGGUUACUUCAUUGUCUGAAAGAGUUUACUGGGAACAAAGAUAUGUAAUUGAAGUUUAUUUUCUUUUUUAUGUACUCAUUGAAUCAGCAUCAUUUUUUGUUCUUCAAUAUCAGCACAGCCUAGUUUAUAAUUAUAUAUCAACUAUGAACAUGAACAGGAAUCAUGGUAAAUCAUAUAGUCAUUUAAUGAUUCUAAUUCUUACUAUCUAAUAGAAACAUGUCUGAGUAACACUUAAAAUUUCAAAUUAGUCUGACAACGAAUAAGCAGAUUUUCAGGUUUUUUGAAAAAGAUCAUUAUCAUAUUGAUGCUUGUUGAAUUUUUGUACUGAAUUUUUAAAAGCCCACUCUAGAAAUCAGAAUAUAGAUUUUUUCAUGGAACAAAGUGAGCAGUGGGGAGGCUGUCACUCUUUAGGUGAAGUUAUGCCAUAUUGAGAAUUUACUUCACAAAUAUUAGCAACAUGUUGAUUAGCCAAGAUUCUUCCCUUAUUGUGACUGGCAGUCAGAAGAAGUUUGUACCUUAUUGGUUGUUUGCAAGAAGGGGGAGGGGUAGAAACCAGCAUCAAAAUACAUUGAUGUGACAAUAUCACAUACUGUAUUCUUCAGUGAGAUUGUUGCUGAACAUGAAUCACUGUCUAUAUGAAAUAGAAAAUCACACCUUUUUACUGAUUACAAUGUGUGAGAUUUUCCUUG